AUACCUCAACAACCACACGUCACAACCACCCACCAUGCCGUGUCCCAUAACCCUCGCCAAAUUCACCGGCGUCUUCUCCCUCGGCCUCCUCACUGGCGUAUCCUACACCCUCUCCACACAAUCCCUCCCCUCGCUCCUCACCCUCCCCUCCGCCACGCCCGCAGCCUACACCCUCUCCCAACUCACGCGGCUCGCAACCCUCCACAUCCGCACCCUCUCCUCCAUCUCGGCGUCCAGCUUACUCCUCGCCUACACCCUUUCGCCAUCCCGGAUCCGACACCCAUACCUCUUAUGGACGGGAUUGGUAGCCGCGACGAGCGGCGCUCUGACGUUCGCUCUGGGAGACAACGGGACGGUGGAGGGAGAGGGCGUGAAUGGUGAACAGGUGGAGAAGAAGGCGAGAGAUGCGCAGUGGAUGGAGUUUGUCCGGACGGGAAUCUCGGGGGUGGGGUUCGCGAUGGGCGUUGUGGGCAUUUGGGGAGAUGGGGCGGGGAGGAAGUGAGGGAUUGAUCAUGAGAGGAGGGAGGGUCUUGCUUCUGAUGAGACGGAGAUAGAGACAGAAGU